GGGUGCUGGCAGCCGGUGUGUGUGUGUGUGUGUGUGUGUGUGUGUGUGUGUGUGUGUGUGUGUGUGUGAUGGUGAGGAGGAGCUCAGGCAGUGUGUGAGUGGGAGUCUCUGUGCUAAAGCUUUUCCAGGAGACUCAGUGUUUCUGUGUAUCUGGACGACGGCUACAUCCACGCAGGUCACAUGAGUGCGAGAGGCGACAUCUAGGACACCUUGUACUCAUCCGCCCUCUCUCUCUCUUUCUCUCUCUCUCUCUGUCUCUCGCAGGUCCACCUGGUCUGGUUCUGCCUCCUCUCACUGUGAAGCACUGAAAACCAGCAUCCUGCUCACAGGUGUGAAUUGGAGCUUUUCUCUCACUUCGCUCUCCUCCACGUCACGUCGGCGCUCUAAGUGACUCCGCAGCGCAGAAACAGGCCUCCAAACACACACACACACACACACCGCACAGCCGCCAUCGUCACCUGGAGGCCAUCGCUAUCUGGACAGUAAGGCGAAAUCUUUUCCCAUCCGCCGGUUCUGAUGGCAGACGGUCGGCAGCCUGAGGACAGCGCCUCCCAGUGGGCAUCGCCAGGAACCCAGGACCCCUCCAGUCCCGUGGGAGAGAAUGGUUUCCCGUACAGGACGUGCCAGCCUGGUGCUGCGCACGCCGCCACCGCUGCUUCCUACGCCAAAGAGAACGGCUUUAACGGAGACCUGCCCUCGGGCCAUGAAGUUACUGCAGAGCAAGUGUCUGCGCGCAUCGUGCAGGAGGUGACGGCCGAGGCGGUCGCGGUACUGAAGGGAGAGCAGGAGCUCCAUCCAGGCACAGCUGUCCGACUCUCCUCAGUGGAAGACUCGACCAAUUUGCCACCUUCUCCACCUCCAUCUCCUGCAGCCGAGCACUUUGGUCCACUGGAGCAAGAAGAGACCAUAGAGGCUCUCUCCGCAGCGGAGGAAGAUGAGAACAUUGCAGCAGCAGCAGCUUUAGAGGAGCAGGAGGAAGAGGAGGAGCAGUGGAGUGGGGAGGAGCCUGAGCAAGAACCCAUAUCCAAGCUCUUAGAGCAGGCAGAGGUGGUAGUCGGGGUGCAGACUUUGCCCUAUCUGCAGGCCGAGGACCAAGCACUUACUGCUGGCCCCGGAGCUCCUAACGGGAGCACUGAGGAGGCAGGGAAGGGCGAGUGCCCUGAGAAAGCUGUGAAGAUGGAUGCAGAAAAGCCAUGUGGAGAGAGGACUGCACCGGUCAGCAUGGACUUCACUCAGUCAGAGGUGCACCCAGAGGACCUCACCUCUUACCAGAGUGUUGUUCCUCACAAAGAAAUUCCAGAUACAUCAUUACCCAGCCUAAGUGACAUGGAGGCUUUUGCCGUUUCCCCAAAUGGUAUGAGCCAUGCCAAAGAGCCCAUGGUGAAUCCUGGUCAAAAGCCUGACUCACCACCGAAUAUUGAGAAGCAACCUUCUACAGAUGCAGUUUCUUCAGACCCGAGUAACCCUCAAACACAUGGGAAGCAAUUACUAGAAGUGGAAUUCACAUCUACUGGAGACAAGCAGAUAGAUGUUACAGUAAGUGCCAAAAGUCCAGAAGUGCCUGGAAAAGAGUCUGCCAGCUUAGAUAAACAAGGAGAAGAAAUUAUGGACAAGUCUGGAAUGUCUACUUAUUUUGAAACAACAACACUGAAAUCAGAGGAGACGAGGGGACAAGGUGAAGGUUACUAUGAGCUUAGUACUGCAUCAGAUGAGACAAAGUCUGCCUCUGCCAUUCCCUCAGUUCCAGAAAUUAGCUACAGUACUCUGGCUCAAUCUCAGUCUAUAGAUGAAAAACCUGAAAGUCAAAAGGGUACUGAAGAGCAACAAAAGGUCCUCCCGUCAUCUGAAAAAAGAGAUGAUUGCAGGCUCUCACCUGGAAAGUUGGCCUUGGAGCAAAGAAGUUAUUCCCUGAAUAUCACCAUUGGAGCUGUGGAUCAGAGUGGAGGUCAAGGACGACCCAGAAACUUCUCCCCAUUAGCAACUGACAUCAUGUCUUAUACUAGUGGAAGCCUUGAUGAAUCUGCUGACUACCUUCCUGUCACAACUCCAUCAGUGGAGAAACUCCCCUCUUUCCCACCACUGAUCGUGGAGACAUCAGCCUCUGUCACCACUCCAUCAGCUUCUCCACCACAUGACACAGUAGCUGAUAUCAAGACUCCAAGUCCACAGCCUGAAUCCCCAGGUUCUCCCUUUGCUAAUAGGUUUAGCUAUAAAAAUGGUGCUGUGAUGGCGCAAGAUCUGCCUGAAAUGUUAGAUUUAGCAGGUACUCAUACAAGACUAAUGUCUGAUAACACUGAUUCUGAAAUUAUAAGAAGGAAGUCAGUUCCCGCUGACAUGCCAGCCCUUGUGAGUGACUCCUUAGCCCACUUGUUUCAGGGUCAGCGAGGUGCAAAAAGUGAGACUCAAUUGGAAGAACAUGGAUACUGUGUUUUUAGUGAGUACUCCGGUCCCAUGCCAUCUCCAGCAGAUGUUCACAGUCCAUUGGAUUCUCCACCAACACAAAUCUUCAACAGAAUGAUAUCAGAGGAGAAAGAGACAAUUCCAGCUGUAAGUGGACAGGUAAGCCCAUCCAAUCAAGUUCUAAAAGAAGACACUCUCCCAGUCACAGAGGAAGAAAGUGAUACAAGAGAAAAAACAUGCAAGUAUAAUAGUGCUGGGGCAGAGCAGCCAAACCAACAAGUUGAAACUUUUCCCACUCCAACUGUUACUGUUACCUUGGAGGGAGUGAAGACUGACCUUGAUGCAGAGGCCAAGCUUGCAGCUGAAGUGGCUGAAAUAGCCGAUUAUGAGAGACAAAUUCGCAAGCUAGAAAUGGAAGACAGGCCUUUAAGUGUUGAGGAGGAGAGGGAGCUCCAGGAGCUACGAGAGAAAGUAAAGAAUAAGCCAGAUUUGGUGCACCAGGAAGCCUAUGAGGAGAUAGAUGCUGAGGAUGUGUACCAGCUCACUGGAGUUGCCAAGGACAGGAUUGCUAGACCAAUAAGACCAUCACCGACAUCUUCAGUGGAGAGUGCUACCGAAGAAGAAAAAGUGCAUGUUGACACAGAGAAACCUAAACCAGCACAAUAUGGUCAGAAAGAAGAGCCUGUGAAAUUGUCUCCUGUUAAAUCUGUUGAGAAACCAAGUAAAGAUGAUAAUCUCCUAGAGGAACCUGGCAAGGAGAAGGAGACAGAAAAACCGCAGUUGGAAAUUGCAAAGGCGGAUGAGGCUUCAGUUUACACCUCAGUGGCACAAAGUGCAGAAGAAGAAAUAGAACUAGCUGAGGAGCCUAAGGAGUACAUGCAGGAAGAAAAAGCAGACAAGCCUUUAGGUUUGCCAAAUGUGCCUGAGAUACCAGAGAAGGUUGAACCACAGAGGACUGAAAUAGUUACGUUUGAAGUAAAACAGAGUGAAACAGAAGAGCCCAGAAUUGUUGAGAAACAUGAAGCGCCCAAAAGUGUUGAGAAAGAUGAUGAGUGCAAAGUUGUUGAGAAACAUGAAGAGCCCAAAAGUGUUGAGAAACAUGAAGAGCCCAAAGGUGUUGAGAAAGAUGAAGAGCGCAAAGUUGUUGAGAAACAUGAAGAGCCCAAAGGUGUUGAGAAACAUGAAGAGCCCAAAGGUGUUGAGAAACACGAGGAGCCCAAAAGUGUUGAGAAAGAUGAAGAGCACAAAGUUGUUGAGAAACAUGAGGAGCCCAAAAGUGUUGAGAAAGAUGAAGAGCACAAAGUUGUUGAGAAAGAUGAAGAGCCCAGAGUUGUGGACAAAAAUGAAGAGCCCAUAAUUGUGGAUAAAGAUGAAGAGCCCAAAGUUGUUGAGAAACAUGUGGAGCCCAAAAGUGUUGAGAAAGAUGAAGAGCGCAAAGUUGUUGAGAAACAUGAGGAGCCCAAAAGUGUUGAGAAAGAUGAAGAGCCCAAAGUUGUUGAGAAACAUGAAGAGGCCACCGUUUCGGAAGAAGAUGAAAAGCCCAAAGUUGUUGAGAAACACGAAGAACACAAAGUUGUUGAGAAACAUGAAGAGCCCAAAGUUGUUGAGAAACAUGAGGAGCCCAAAGUUGUUGGGAAAGAUGAAGAGCCUAGUGUUGUUGGGAAAGAUGAAGAGCCCAGUGUUGUUGAGAAAGGUGAAGAGCCCAAAACUGUUGAGAAGGAUGAAGAGUCCAAGGUUGUUGAGAAAGAUGACGAGCCCAGAGUUGUUGAGAAAGAUGAAGAGUCUAAAAUUGUUACACGAGACAACAAGCCUGAAGUUGUUGAGAAAGAUGAGGAGUCUAAAAUUGUUACAAGAGACAAGCCUGAAGUUGUUGAGAAACAUGAAGAACCUGGACUUGUUGAGAAAGAUGAAGAGACCAGAGUUGUUGAGAAAGAUGUUGAGGAAGAGCAUGACGAAUUGGAAGGGGCAGGGGCAGUAGUACAAGAAACCAUAGAGCCCCGAGCUGCCAUUGAGUCCGUUGUAACAGUGGAAGAUGACUUCAUCACUGUGGUCCAGACCAUUGAUGAACGAGAGGGACCUGGGCACAGCGUACGGUUUUCCACUCCUCCGGAAGAAGAACCACCUCAGAUGCUUCAAGAUGAAGAGGAGGAAGAAGAUUCUAUUGAAAUGGCUCAAGAAGCAGAGAUAGAGGCUGCUAGCCUGGAGGAAGUCCAGGAUGUUCCAGAAGCUGUACAGGCCCCUGUCUGUCCUCCUAAGGAGGUUCCAGAGAGCGAGGGUCCCACUGAGAGCUACGAUGACUACAAGGAUGAGACCACUAUUGAUGACUCCAUUUUAGACAGCUCCUGGAUGGAUACACAAGAUGAUGAUAAGAGCAUGGCCACAGAGAAAAUUGAGGCUCUUCCGAGAAUGGCAAGCCCUGCCAAGAAAAUCUCUACUGAGAAGCUGGUCAAACAGAAGGGUAAAGCAGGCAGAGUCAAAGGCCGAGUUUCCACUCCGGAACGCAAACCUUUCUGGAAAGAUCCAGGACCAGUCCAGAAAGAGGAGCUGAAGAAGAAAAAAGCUGUGAUUAAGAAGGUUGAGGUCACAAAAAAAUCUGAAAAUCAGAGCCGCUCUCCCUCCAGGAAGAGUGGUUUAAAGGCCACCGUAAGGCACCCUAGAGCUACCCAACAUCACAUCUGUGCUAAGCGGAAACCCACAGUAUCAGCAGAUGGACGGCUGCCGUUCAGCUCGGUGCGACACUCCAGAGACCGGGCAUCCACCCCCAGCCCAACAUCACUAACAAAGAUUCCCACCUGUAAAACGCGGUCGUCGGCUCUUCCCCAGCCCCGCCCUAACUCCACCUGCUCCUACAAUAAAACAAGCUCAUUGGUGGAGGCCGAUGGGCCCCGCCCAUUCUCAGCAGACUUUCAAGAUUCCCUCUCAAUUAACAGGAAUUUUGAAAAGGACGGAGGAUCUCGGAGCCCGGAGAAGAGGUCGUCUCUGCCUCGGCCGGCCUCCAUCCUGACACGGCGCGUACACACCGGCGAACACGAUGAGAGCUCCACCUCCAUCACGAGCUCUGGAUCAACAGCACCACGCAGGCCCACGUCGUUCCGUACUGAAGUCAGAGCUGAACACAGGACAGGUCGAUCUGCCAGUAUGACAGGCACAGAGUCGCACCGUUCCCGCUCUGCUCGCUCCGGCACCUCCACUCCCCGUACUCCCGGCUCCACGGCCAUCACUCCCGGCACUCCUCCCAGCGCAUCCUGUCGCACCCCAGGCACCCCGCGCACCCCGGGCACCCCCAAAUCCCUCAGCCUGCUCUCACAGGAGAAGAAGGUGGCCGUCAUUCGUACGCCCCCGAAAUCUCCCGCCACGGCGGCCAAGCAGCUGCGUGUCAUCAACCAGCCCAUGCCUGACUUCAAGAACAUCAAAUCCAAGGUCGGCUCCACGGAAAACAUCAAGUACCAGCCUAAAGGAGGACAGAUUCAAAUUCAAACGAAGAAGCUCGAUCUCAGUCAUGUGACCUCCAAGUGUGGCUCGCUGGACAACAUCCACCACAAGCCAGGUGGCGGUAACGUGCGCAUUGAGAGCGUGAAACUGGGCUUUAAGGAUAAAGCCCAGGCUAAAAUUGGCUCUUUGGAUAAUGCCCAUCAUGUACCAGGAGGAGGCAAUGUGAUGAUCGAGAGCCACAAGCUGGCGUUCCGUGAGUCAGCGAAGGCCCGCGUGGAUCACGGCGCUGAGAUCGUCACUCAGUCUCCGGGUAUGUCUCCUCACCACAUGUCGUCCUCCGGCAGCAUCAACCUGCUCGAGUCCCCACAGCUGGCCACGCUCGCCGAGGAUGUCACAGCUGCUCUCGCCAAGCAGGGACUCUAAACAGAAAACAAAAGAAAACCUUCACCAUCCUCUAUAACGCCCAGCUACGUCAUCAGCUACACCCAGCUAUAUAUAAAUAUAUAUAUAUAUACACAGCAAUCCCCUCUAGUGGUGUCGUAGUAGUGGCUAACGACCCUCUGAACGUUUCUGGGACACCGCAUUUCCCCUCCGACACAUCGAACCUCAUCCAUAUCACAGUCGUUAUCUGUCGCCGGAACGAGAGCAGCCACCCGGAGCUGGAGCGGACUUUAUGACGGAAGGAGGAGAAGUCGGUGAAAAAAAAAUAAAGAAUUGUUUGUUGGAUUUUUAUUCCUAUUUUAUGCUAUUUGAAUCAUUUUUAUUCUAGGAUUCCAGUUAAUUAGCUAGAAAGGUACCAGUGCUUUGAUCUCCCUGUAUGCUGUGUGAUUUUCUUUUUUUUCCCUAUCUAUCUUUCUCUCUCUCUCGCUCUCUUUUUUUUUUCCUUUUUUUUUUCUUCUUCUAAAUUACGAUGGUGUACAGACGCUGAUCAGGUUCCGAUCAGGUUUAGUGUUCGGAAAAGGACGGAGAAUGAUUUGGGGCAGCUGUUUCCUCCUCGUUCUUUUGCGCAGAGCCAGUGCAUGGAGUCCAAACCCCGCCUCCCAGAACAAAAAUAAUAAUAACAACAAUAAUAAUAAUAAUAAUUCGCCCACCCGACCAACAAAAUGAUAUACAGUGUAUAUUAAUAUAUAAGUAAAAUGACACCAAUUAUUUGUCAACAGCAUCUCUUGAUUAGAAAAUAAUAAUAAUAAUAAUAAUAAUAAUAAUAAUAAUUCUUCAAUAUCAUAAUAUCUGUACAAACACUUUAUUGCAAAUGAAAAAAAAAGGAAACUAAUGCGCAUGUGUCAAUUCAAGUAUUGAAAAAAAGACCUAUUUUCUAUUUGAAAAAACGGAUUUAGUAAGUUCUUUGCUGAGUCAUUGGAUAAAACGAACACUACAUGUUUUUAGCUAUUAAUCAUGACAACAUUAUGCUUGUUUGAUCAUUUGAAAUGACUGCGUUGGCUUUGCCCAGGGGUCCAGGCAUCAGACACACACCUUACAGUACGUCUGCAGGUAAAGGAACACUCCGGCGUUUUUCAACCUGAUCUCUAUCUACCGUGUCUAUAGUGUGCAUGUGGUUACUACAGACAGGAAUUUCAACGCGGUGUGUUUUCUCUUUACUCCAAACCUACUCCUAAUAGAAGUCUAAGGCAGGUGUUGAAUUCAGAUAAUAAACAUUUCAACUAUGUCUCCAUAUGACAUGAUGAAUAACGUGAAAACUACAACGAUAGUUGUAACAAAAUAGUAGUUCCGGUUAGGUUUUGUGGUUUCCUUGGGUAGUCCCAAUCUCUGAAAGGAUGAAUCAUGCAUAUUAUUAUUAUUAUUAUUAUUAUUAUUAUUAUUAUUAUAAUCAUCCAAUAUUUGUCACACACAGUGUAUACGCAAGGAAGCGACAAAUCUACAGCCGAUUAUUUCUCGAUGCACAGAGCUGCGAUUUCAAGCAGCAGCGAUUAAGAAACUUUCCGAUCGAGAUUUCCUUAAUCCAUGCAGAUUAGGUACGACGCAGUAAACCGAUAAAUCCAAACCGUUCUUUUAGUUCAACCCUACGGCGCGUGUGGUCCGACUCACAACUUGACUUCCUAGCCGUAAUUAGUCCCCAUUUACUGUACCAGUCCGUUCCCAUUGAAGAUGAAACCUGUAAUCGUGGUUUCCUCGUAUACAGCCGUAUACACGAUACGACCUCUCUUUAAACGUGUAUAGGGACAUUAUGAGGAAAAAUCAAGCUUGGAAAGAGAUCGUUAGUGCCUCAGGCGAGUGUACGCGACUAGUACAGCUAGCACGCUUUGCUAAUUUCCGAACGAAUCUAAUACGAAUCCUGAUGAAAGAGUAAAUCAAUUUUCACAUUGAUUUGGUGCGUUAUUCGGUUGAUGCUGUAUAGCUAUAUACACUGUAUAGUUACGACCAUUUCUGAUCGGACCUAACCUAAUACAGGUGACGGACUACAAGCGACACACACGAUUAAUCGCUCCAGGGUGUUUGGAUCCACCAUGACCCUGAUCGAGAGGAAUUCAUCAAUGAAUAAAAAUUUGAGCGCAUCUUUACGUGUAAAAAAAAAAAAUUGUCUGCAGAAUCUGUGAAAGCGCAGCAUUAAGAAAGAUGCAGCUUAUAACAUCUGAUAAAGACAUCUGUUAGAAGUACGUUUUAAGGUUGUUUUUCCCCAUGUUGUUUUUGCAUGUAGUAAUCACACGUACGGUACAGAUGUGGUAGACAGAGUUGAGGUUGGAAAUCAAACUGAUCGUCUCUUAUUCCUUUAAGAGAAAGAUUAUUACGCCUGAUUUGGAUCGCGGUUUAAUAUUACGACGGACAAGCUACAUCACUGUCUCUCCUAGCUUAGUGCAGAUUAUUGGAAAGUCAUGAUCGUGUAUUAUAAUCACUGCUGUCCCUGUACACCACGGUGCAGUCGUUGCCUCUGGGCAUGUGUUUGUCCAAGAAAGCUUUUUGCUUGUUAUUUUAUUAUGUAUGGAGCAUAAACUCGGGACUCUCAGUCACACUCUCUGUACUUCUGCCGUGUUCUUCUUAGAUACUUAGGUUUGUUUUACACGUAAUUGUAGGAGGUGGAAAUAAAGAGACGAAACAAACGAAUUUAAAAAAAAAACAGUACAAAAAUAAUGUUUAAAAAAAGUCAAAAAAAAAAAAAAAAAAACAAAACAUUUAUGAGAAAACUCACCUUGCACAUGUUUGAAGUGCUCCAGUAUCUUUUUUCUGUCGUCAUUUGUGGUAUCCCGUGCCCCCCACUUCUUCGUUCUUUGGCUUCUGUAUUUUUCUGCACCCUGUUUGCCCUUUUGCUCACUUCCACAGCAAACUGUAAAUCUAUUUAAAAGGUCCUGUAGAUGUAUGCAGUUUUUCUCCUGUUGAUAUGACGCUGAUUACAAAUGCUCUUAACAGCUACGAAAAUAAAGAAAAUGGACGAAA